AUGUCGAAUUUGUCAAAGCUUGAGUUUGUGGUACUUGAUAUUUCUGGAAAGAAUUACCUAUCAUGGGUUCUCGAUGUUGAGAUUCACUUAGCUGCUAAAGGCCUUGGUGACACCAUUAUUCAGGUGAAAGAUCCACUUGAAUUGUGGACUGGCCUGAAGGAAAGGCUUUAUCAAAACUCCAUCAAAAGAAAGGCAAAUACUGUUGGAGCAUCUUCUGCUAAUGCCCCAGUGGAGUCUCACUUGACCUUUAAAAAUAAUUUUGAGGCAGGGCCUUCAAACAAAAAUGAUGACAAUGCCGAGGCAAAUCUUGAUUUGAAUGAUGAUGAUUUUCAAGACCUCGAUGAUCUUACUCAUAUGGAAGUUGAAGACUUCUUUGGAGAUCAAAACUAA